GAGGAGAGCGGAGAGGGUCGCAGCUCAGCCCCUCGGAGCGCACGUCUCCCUGCGCGUCUCCCUGCGCGCCUCGCCGUGCCAUCCGGGACCGACCUCACACUCUCUCGUGUCACAACUUGUUCGCGGAUCCCAAAUAAAACAUUUCCAACGCUGACGACAAGUAGUCUCCAAAGAAUCGUUAUUUUGAUGUAACACACACACACACACACACACACACACACACACACACACACACACACACACACACACACACACACACACACACACACACACACACACACACACACACACACCACUUCCCUGACCGCUCGAACAAAUAGGGGGCGACUCUUAAAGCCCUCUCCUCAUUUGACACCCAGCAGCUCACAACACAGAGCAAAGCGGCUGACAGAAAGCUUUUUUUUCUUCUUCUUCUUCUUCCCUCCAUCAGGCUCUAAAUCACUUUGUCUGUCAGUGUUGGCGAUGAGGCAGCUCAUCUCCCCGACUGUUCGUGCGUGGAGCGACUGCGCCUUUGUACCAAGUAUCCAAACCUUCUGAGAGUUGAGGCUCUCCUCUCUCAGGUUGGUGCAGCGGCAGGAUCGUUUCCAAAAAAUACUGUUAGACACUUCACUCGUGUAACAGGUAGAAUUUCAACUUUUUCUUUUUUUAAAUUUCGUUGAGCGCUAGAGCAGAUAAUCUGGCAUCCUAUCAGACUCACAAACGUCACACUUGGUUUCAAGGUUGCUCUUUAAAUUGACAUUUCCUCGCAGAUACUGAAACGCCUUUUUUUUUUCCCUGCCCCUUCAGCACUAUGCAGUGGGCGUCAGUUGCACUUGUUUUCAGGGUGUUGAGGAGAAUGUGAGUUUUUGAGCGGCUGGCAGCGGGACCAGAACCUCCAGGAAACCCGGCGGCUUGUGUUUCUCUGUCCUCCUCAGCACCACGGACAGCUCCUGCACGCGUCGCAAACUUCAAGCAGCGACGCUCGCCUCCUCCACUCCUGCCCAGCUGUAGUGCAUCGGGUUUUAGGCUGUUGAAAAAAAAAACCAAACUGCUGCUGCACAAGGAUAUACGCUGGGUUUACACGAUCUGUUAAUCGCACGGCAGCGCUGGAAGCUGAGAGAAGCCUGCACAGGCUGUAAUCUACAAAAAGCUCUGAAGAAGAGAAGGGACGAAGAGGAUGGCACUGAUGCUGUAAAUGGCCUCUGUCAGAAUAAAAACACUGGUUGUUCUUUUCUUCAAAGCUUGACCAGUCGCUGACCAGAAAUCACAGGCAGGACGCUGACCUUGUUUCGCCCAGGGAUAUGUCAGUGGGGAAAUCCCCUGUGUCGGGGGUGCGCCCUGUGCCCCGACCCCUCUGGCUGUCCCACCUCAGCCUGCUGUGCUUCUGUGUGUCUCUCUUUGCCCAGGCUCCCCAGGGUUUGCCUGCGGUAAGUUAUAACACUGACUCCAAGAGGGAGAUCACUUUGGACGGAGAUUUGAUGAUUGGCGGCCUGUUCCCUGUGCACCAGAAGGGUGAGGGCGCAGAGGACUGUGGGAAGAUCAAUGCUCAGAGGGGGAUCCAGAGACUGGAGGCCAUGCUGCUGGCACUAGAUGAAAUCAACAAGGAUGAACGCAUCCUGCCUGGGAUCAAACUGGGAGCUCAUAUACUGGACACUUGCUCUAAGGACACCUACGCUCUGGAGCAGUCUCUAGAGUUUGUCCGGGCCUCCCUCACCAAAGUCGACGACAGCGAGUAUACGUGCCCCGACGGCUCCUACGCCAUCCAUGAUGACGUCCCUCUGGCUAUCUCUGGGGUCAUAGGAGGUUCCUACAGCGAUGUCUCCAUUCAGGUGGCCAACCUUCUGCGACUCUUCCAGAUCCCUCAGAUAAGCUACGCCUCCACCAGUGCCAAGCUUAGCGACAAGACCCGCUAUGACUACUUUGCCCGCACUGUGCCCCCUGACUUCUACCAGGCCAAGGCCAUGGCGGAGAUCCUGCGUUACUUCAACUGGACGUACGUAUCGACGGUGGCGUCUGAAGGUGACUAUGGCGAGACUGGCAUUGAUGCCUUCCAGCAGGAGGCUCGUGCCCGUCAGAUCUGCAUCGCCACAUCAGCAAAGGUGAGCCGCUCCAUGAGCCGCUGGAGUUAUGAGAACGUGAUUCGGUCCCUGCAACAGAAGUCCAACGCCAAGGUAGUCAUCCUGUUCACGCGCAGUGAAGACGCCCGUGAGUUGCUGGUGGCAGCCAACCGAAUGAAUGUCACCUUCACCUGGGUGGCCAGCGAUGGCUGGGGAGCACAGGAGAGCGUGGUGAGAGGCAGCGAGGCUGUGGCUGACGGUGCGUUCACCAUUGAACUGGCUUCCUAUCCGAUCCCCCAAUUUAAUGACUACUUCACUGCCCUGCACCCCUACAACAACACCAGGAAUCCUUGGUUCAGAGAGUUUUGGGAGAACCAGUUCCAGUGCAGCCUCCAUGAUCUGAGCUGUGGGAAGCACACACUCCGGGAAGCUCAGUUUCAGCCAGAAUCUAAGAUUAUGUUUGUAGUGAAUGCUGUCUAUGCAAUGGCUGCUGCUUUACAUAACAUGAGGCAGGCCUUAUGCCCCAACUCCACAAAGGUGUGUGAAGCUCUCAAACCUGGCAAUGGAAGAAAGUUUUACAGGGACUACAUUCUCAAGGUCAAGUUUGAGGCACCAUUUCGUCCACCAGACACAGAGAAUGUAGUCCGAUUUGAUGCCUUCGGGGACAGCCUCGGCCGUUACAACAUUUUCCACUACCACAAAGAAGGUGGACGCUAUGUCUACCAAAAGGUUGGCUACUGGGCUCAGAGCCUGACCCUGAACACCAGCCUGAUCCCCUGGGCUGGCCAUGUUGCACCAACCUCACAGUGCAGUGACCCUUGCAGGAAAAAUGAAGUCAAGAGCAUGCAGCCUGGAGAUGUGUGCUGCUGGAUCUGUAUCCCCUGUCAGCCCUACCAGUAUCUGCAGGAUGAGUUCACCUGUGCUGACUGCAGCUUUGGACAAUGGCCACUGGCCAACCUGACAGGCUGUUACGAUCUGCCAGAGGAGUACAUCCGUUGGGAAGAUGCCUGGGCCAUUGGACCCGUCACCAUUUCCUGUCUAGGGAUGAUGUGUACGCUCUUUGUCAUUGGCCUCUUCCUUAAACACAAUGAGACACCCGUGGUGAAGGCAAGUGGACGUGAGCUCUCCUACAUUCUUCUGCUGGGAGUGUUGAUGUGUUAUAGCAUGACCUUCAUCUAUAUCGCCAAACCGUCCACGGCAGUUUGUACACUGCGCCGGCUGGGCUUAGGCACCUCCUUCGCUGUGUGCUACUCAGCCCUCCUGACUAAGACCAAUCGCAUCGCUCGGAUCUUCAGCGGGGUGAAGGACGGAGCCCAGCGGCCUCGAUUUAUCAGCCCAGCCUCCCAGGUCGCCAUCUGUGGCGCUCUGAUCUCCUGUCAGCUAGUUGUGGUGGUGGUCUGGAUGCUGGUGGAGGCUCCCGGGGUGAGAAAGGAAGUGAGUCCAGAGAGGAGAGACGUGGUCACCCUCAAGUGUAACAGCAAGGACUCCAGCAUGCUUGUGUCUCUCACCUACAACUGCAUCCUCAUUAUCCUCUGCACGGUCUACGCCUUCAAGACACGUAAAUGCCCCGAGAACUUCAAUGAGGCCAAGUUCAUCGGAUUCACCAUGUACACCACCUGCAUCAUCUGGCUGGCUUUCCAGCCUAUUUUCUACGUUACUGCCAGUGACUACAGGGUGCAGACCACCACCAUGUGCAUCUCCGUCAGUCUGAGUGGGUCGGUGGUAUUGGGCUGCCUCUUCGCUCCCAAGGUCCACAUCAUCCUGUUCCAGCCGCAGAAGAAUGUCUGUACUCUCCGAGUGGCCACCACCCGCUUCAGCGUCACCACUGGACCAGGCUCCAGUUUCUCUCAAGCAUCAGCCUCCAAUGUUGUUCCGACAGUGUGUAACGGACGAGAGGUGGUGGACUCCACAACGUCCUCUUUGUGAAGAUUAGCUGAGUUCCUUUUUGCCAAACAUUGUAUACAGUUAUAUAAUCACUAGUCCUGAAUCAGGUGUCUCAGAUAUUAAAGAGGUCACACAGAUGAUCGUCCUGACUUUGUUGUCCUCAAAGUGCUGUGAGUACAAUGUCCCAAUUAUUUUAUUUUGUUCUUUGACUCGUAGCGAUUUUAAAUGAGAUGCCAAUAAAGUCGCAUACGUAUAGCCCUUGUUUAUAUUGAAGAUUCUACUUGCAACAAUGGAGUAAAUUAUAGUAAAUCUGUUAAAUGUAAUAUAUACAAGACGUUUUUAAUGUAGAUUUUGGUGAACCAGUUUGUGCUUUCUUGUAAUUUAUGUAAAUAAAAUGUGUUUUUUAUUAAUACAGA